GCGCGCUGUCCGCGAGCGGCCGCCACGGUGGCUCUGUGUCGCUCCGUUCCUCGCACGCCGCGAACUACGCACGGGACGCUAGCUCCACACCACUCCACUACGGCACAUCCCCAUACAUUUUUGUUUUGCUAUUUAUUUUUCUUUCAACUUUUGAACUGACACCUGUUGACGGACUUCGAACUGUUUACUAACAAUUGGUCCGAUUGGAAAUUUUGAACUUUAAAAUUUAUGGUUUUCUCGUAUUUUUAAGUAAUAAAUAAAAAAGACAUUUAGAACAAUUGAACUGUAUGACGAUUGCUCGAUAAUUAGCUAUCGGGUAACGCGAGGAGUAUUGCGAUCACAAGCAGAAAAGGUCGAGCAUCCUUCCGCGGUCCGUCGCCGCCGCCGGGAAAAGUUUUCUUUUAUACAAAGUCCUUAUGGUCGAUGCGAACUUCGCAGUCAAAAGUUCGCGUUCGCAAAGUUAUACGCACGAGUCUCGGAAACUUUUCAGUUCGGCAACUUUCCCCGAAAACAAUUCCAGAACCGUUUCACAGAACGCUAAGAGCCGCGUUUGGUACUAAUGGAAAACAAAAGAGAAAUGGCGACGAUGUAGGUAUAGUGACUGUAAUCUGUUCCGAGAUUUAUUAAACCGUGAACUGAACAAUGAGUGGUAACUUUUAAGUGAAGUGUUAAUCAUGGCAGCUGCAAUGAUAAGUGAUAGAGGACUUCGUAAGAAGCUGACGCAGGAGGCGAUCCCUGAGAAAACUCCGCGGAAACCUUCGAAGCGUAAAUCUACAGCUAGCAGCUCAAAAUCUGACAAAAAGAACGAACAGAAUAAUAAUAAGAGGCCUAAAGUCCAGUCGGGAGACCCGAAGCUAGACUUAUUCUCGACUUACCAGCCGUGGGUGAUCCAGACCUAUGGGGACUUAGCGAAAACUAAAACGGUGACAUUAAAAAAGUACGCUCGGAUACUCAGAACAUUGCGAGGGGAGGAAUGCAAUAGUUCUGACAGUUCCAAGUUCCGAUUUUGGGUGAAGGCGAAGGGUUUCCACGUGGGGAAGCCGCCAGGGUAUGAUGCGAAGCCGGCCGACGGGAUCGUGUGCCGGUACAGCGUGCUGGACUCCGAGGGUUGCACUGUCGGUCUUGACGGGCAAGAGAUAUAUAGUGGCUCGCAAAAUGACCCCCCACUGUACAUACCUACCCCACCAGUCAAGAAUGCACCAAAUCAAGAACCUGUUUAUAGAAAAGUAGCUGUUGUAGAAAAUUUCUUCGAUAUAAUUUAUACGGUACAUGUGGAGCUCGAAGGUAGACCUGGAAAACAUGCUGGACAAAAACGCACUUAUAGAACUAUUACCGAGACGUACGCGUUCCUGCCGCGGGAAGCAGUCACGCGCUUCCUCACCGGAUGCGCGGAGUGCGCGCGGCGCCCGCGCAGCGCCUCCCCGCCCCCGCUCCCCACUCCCUCCCCCUCCCCCACGCGCCACCCCACCUACCUCCCCUUCCUGCCCCACUGCGCGCCUGAUUACACGCGCAACUGGGAAUCCGAGAUAGACGCCGCACAUUCUAAUUACUACGAAUCGAAAUUCGACUACACAGAACUCCAGCCGCUCAAGAAAGUUGAAAGCCCGAAGCCCACUGAUGUCGAGGAUCCAGAACCAACGUAUAUUGAGCUCACCUCGAAAAAAGUUAACGGUUUCGAAGGCACACCACUAUUAAAUAGAACGUCCCCUGUUGAACCAGCCUUUCAGGAAGAAGAACCAGUGAGAACAGACCCUGAAAUAGACAAAGACGAAAAUAGUUUAAUAGAUGUGGAAGACGUUAAAUCAGCCAGUCCGAGCCCAUCACCUCUGCGGUUGCAGAAGGAUGAUGAGGCGAAGUCGUCAGAAAGCGAAAGUACUAAGGCGACAGAAAGUACAACAUCCAAAGAUAAGACUGAACCGAAACAAGAGAAAAAGUACAACCCGCUCGACGUCGCUAACUUGACGUCGAAGGACCCGCCGAAGUCGAGAUCACCGCCGAGAAAAAAGUUGCUGCUCUCAAACAAUGUUGAAUACGCGAAUUCUUUUGGAAGGAUUUCAAAACCUUGGAGACCUGGUGGCGGUGUCUUCUAUGGAGGAGAGGAAAUAGAUUAUAGUGUCCCGAUAACGACGGCGUACCUGAAACACAUGCGGAACAUGGGCUACCAGGACCGCAUGGACUCAGAGAAGGAUAACCUAACUCCUGAGCCAGUCGACAUGAAUGAUGAUGACAACUUCUCCAGUCAGGCCCUCGUCAAAGAUGCAGAGAAGCUGAAAAUGAUGUUGCUAGCAUGGAAUUACCACAGCCAGACACAAGGUCGCAACGGGGACAUAACGGAGACCGGCGGAGACAGUAUGGCGGACCUCUGGGCCUCAUACCAUAGCGCCUUGGGCCUCGGCAGCAAGCCUCCGAAACCACCUACUCCGUUGGCCACUGGCCACUCGAGCCCAAUCCACGUGGGCUCGGUGACACCAGGAGUGGAGCCAGCAUCCACACACGAUGAGACUUCAUCAUCAGACCGGACCAAGGAUGAUGAUGAUGGUGGCGCGUCUGAUGAUGACUCUGAUGAUAGAGUGGACCCACAGCAUCAUGAUCCCGAGCGGCUGAAGGCUUUCAACAUGUUCGUCCGACUCUUCGUCGACGAGAACUUGGACAGGAUAGUCCCGAUAUCCAAGCAGCCAAAAGAGAAGAUUCAGGCUAUCAUCGACUCCUGCACCCGACAGUUUCCAGAGUUUGCCGAACGUGCCCGAAAGCGGAUCAGAACUUAUUUGAAGAGCUGCCGACGGAACAAGAAGGUCCGAGGCGAGGGCCCAACUACCGGCAACGGGGGAAGUACACCAGGGACUGGCAACGCUUGGGACACUGCGGUGCGGCCCACUCCUGCGCACCUGACUUCAGUGCAAGCGGAGCACAUACUGGCACAGGCGUGCGAGAACGAGAGCCUCAACGCUAAGCGCAUGCGCCUCGGGCUCGAUCCCGUCAGCCAGCCAAUGCCGACUGUGCCCACUCCCAUGGCUAUCGACACCACAGCCACUUCAGCGGUCGCUUCUUCAUUCCUGAGCCUGUACAGCGGUGCCAUCAGCAGCCCGGCAUCCACACCGGCUACAACCACGUCGACCAACUCGCUGGCCGCAGCUGGGCACAGCAAGGCAGCCGCUGACACUACCAGGCCAUCAGCAAGCCCGACCAUGGAUACGUCGCUUUUGAACAAUAACAACUUGAAGCUGGACAAUGCUAAUGGAAAUGCUGGCAGUAAGACUGCUAGCCCUGCGUCGUCUCCGGCUCCACUAUUUCGGCCAUCGUUCCCGAACACAUUCGGGACACCGCAAACAUUUGGCAGGCAAAGCUCGAACCCGAACCCUGCAUCGUCAGCGCUGACCAGCAGCGCUCUGCUGUCCACUCUGACUGCACUGCCCCCAACCGGUGUAGGCGUGAACGCAGCGAUGGCCGCCUACCAGAGCGCGCUGCUGUCCGCCAUGGCUGCGCACACGCACACGUUCCCGACCAGCCUGUCUGCGCCGACAGACCUCUCGCUGAAAAGCUCAACGCCGACUUCGCUCCACGCGACCUCCACCGCUUCAUCUCUGGCCGCGUCGACCACAGCCAGUCAGUCCAAGCCACUACUGUCGCACAAGCUCUCAGGAGCUGAAGUUGGCGCUGUUCGCCAGCUCAUCACCGGCUACCGUGAGUCAGCCGCCUUUCUACUCCGCUCAGCUGACGAGCUCGAAGCUCUACUGCUAAACCAACCCUAGGAUACGGCCAAACCCUUAUCUGAUGUAUAUGGGUUUAAAUUCGGAUACUUCUAAAACAUCUGUGCUCCUAGUACUUUUGAAGUGUUUUGUGACAAAAAAACAAGUGGAUUUUAAAAAGUUUUCAGUGUUGUUUUAACUGUUGUCUGGUUUUAAAUGUCAAAUUAAGUACUGAAUAAUAUAAGCACAGAUUAUAAAAUUCGAAAUUAUUAAUAGGACUUGGAUAUUAUUGUUCGCGAAUUGCGGAGUCCAAAAGUUGAUGUUUGUGACUGAAUUAUGCCAAUUUUACCGAUUUUUCAAUUGUUUGUUCUACAUACAUGUUAUAUUACAAUAGUUGUCCAAAUUUUUGUCAAUAGUACCGAAAUAAGGUGGUGUGAUAAGUUAAUAAAGUGGUACUUUCUUGCAUGAGAUAGCAACACCGAUUGUUCACACCAUCUUUAACCAUAGAUUAAUUCAAUUUUUUCAAUAGAUAUUUCACACAUCGCUUACAUAUACCCGACAUUAGUAGGUUUACAUACAUAGUUUAUGUUACAAAGUUGUACGCUGGCAACACCAAUGAUUGCAUAAUACGGUGCUUGUUAUUCCUGUUUUAGUGUUGCCAGCGUAUAUACGUCCAGAUUAUUAAGUAGUUACGAGUCUAUUUACUGAGGAUACUAAGAAUGCGCACUGCUUAGAGUAAAAAGGUGUCAUCGAAAAGUUUAAAUACUUAUUGGUUAAAUCGAUGAACCAUGCUGACUAAGGGGGCAGGACGCAGGUCCCGCGCAUUCUUAGACCAACUCCAUCGACGUUGAUAAAAUUAAAAGUUUAUAAAAUUUAUUUCAUCGACGUUGACGGGGCUGCCAACUUAAAAAAUCUAUUUCGGCGAUCGUACAAAGCUGCCAUAAUUAUUGUAAAGAAAAAAAUCGAAAUGUUGCCAUUUGAAACUCGUUGGGAGAGUACAAAAUUAUUUUUGUGUAUAUUUAGAUUAUAAGAGAAAAAAAUCAGGGAGUUUCUAGCGUUAGGUUAGUAAAAAAAAAACGAUUUCUUGCCUGGUGCGGUUAUAGUAUAGAAUUGAUUAUCUCAUCGAAAUUGCUUGGAAAGAGGCGGCUAUUAACGUUUGGAGUACGAAAUACAACUUUUCUUGUUUAGUCUAGACUUCGGAGGGCUCACGAUACGAAUUUCAAACUUAACUCGAAUAGUUCUCAGUAUUUUGAGGUUAGGUUACGUUUCAUUCCCGCGCUGCGAAGUCGAAAGCUAAUAUUUAGGUUAAAGUGGCAUUUUAGUGUUAAGAGGCACGAAUUUAUUUGUUGUUUUGUAAAAUAGCGAUCGAAUACUAUAAUUAAUAUAUUUAUAAUUUAAACUAUCAUUAUUUAAAGAUUCUAUAGCUCUUUAUAAUAUUGAAAUCGGCUCCAUCCAAAAUCGUUUUGCUAAGUUCAUUUUUCUAUGUAAUUUAAUUUUAUUCAUAAUUUGCUUUGCUCAGUACAACGGAUCGAUGUUUUGACUGUAUCUAUUUGUUACCAUAGACUUAUGGCCAAGUACUGUAGGUAAUGUUAAAUAAGCUACUUACGGUGUACAAAUAAGAUUCCACUUCGAUAAGUAAAAAAAAGUUUAAAUUAAAACCUAUUUUUCAAUCGGAGUUUCUAUAUUGGCCUAAAGAUAUUUUGUUGAGCAAAAAGUGGAUUUGAGUACCUCGUAAUGUUAUUUCUGUUGUUAACUAUAGUUAGUUUUACAUUUUGGCCAGUUUUAUUCGAUUUUUGUAAUCUAUAAUGUAAUUUCGUUAAUAAGGUUAAAUCAAAAUAAAUACAAUAGAAUAAUUAAAGUCACAUAAACGCUUAUUAUGUUGCUACUAAUUUCAUAAGUUCAAUGCUUCGACCACUGUGGAUCGACUCUUUUUGUCAGAGCAACCAAUCGCGUGACAGAUUGCAAUGACGUCAUAAAUUUCUAACCAAUUAGCGUAUCGUGGAGGUUCUACAGUGGUGGAAAGCUUGAAUACUGCAAAUAAUGUAUAAUAUUUUCUCAACUUUGCCAGUUUUUCUCAAUAGUGUUAAAGCUUAACGCCAGUUUUAAAAUAAAAUUGUAAAUUCACUUUUGAAUACAAAAAUUGCCAAAGAAACGAAUUGAUUUUUCGUAAUUGAUUAUGUAUGUACGUGGAAUUGCUGAUUUAUUUACUUAUUAUAAUUAUAAUAUUUUUGAUGUUAAGGUUAAUUUUAAGGUUAGAUUUUGUUUUUCAUAAAGUCAUUCCAAUAUUUUUCUAAAAGGUCACUAUCGGUGCGAGAUUACAGAAGCGUGGGUCAAGCAGUAGUCAUUGUAUAUGGAAAAAAAGUGUAAAAAGUAUGUUUAGAAUUAUAAAAAAAGUUGAUUAGAAAUACGUGAAAGUUGAUGUUGGAAUAACGAUAAAACGAAAAUGGUGGUAAAACGUUGAGAAAAUGAAUUUGUUAGACAUUAAAAUAUAUUAUUAUUAGAGAUGUAUAAAUGGUUUACAAUUAUUAUUAUUAGUUCGAGAGAAAUACAAAAUGGUGAAAAAAAAACUACAAAAUGGCGAUUGUUACUAUUAACGAUAUGAGAAUUUAGUUAUAAAUAAUUUUGCAAUUUCAAAAUGUGAGUUUUACAAUUUUGAAAAAGAAAAUAUUAAAUAUG